AUUGUCAUUUAAUCAUUUUAGCAUUUUAGGAACCUCAAAACACGAACAUCGGCUUUUUUGACUGACACUAUACAAAACAAAAUGUCGACACCUAAAGCAGAAAAAGACUUGCAUUUACCACUUUCAAGGGUGAAAACUAUUAUGAAAAGUUCACCAGAAGUAGAUGCAGUUGGUCCAGAACCUUUAUAUUUAGUAACAAAAGUAACAGAAUUAUUCGUAACGGAUCUAGCGAAGAGAGCAUUCAAAAACAGCAAAAACAAUUUGCUUGAAUAUAAACACAUAGCAGAUGUAGUCCAAGAGGAUGAUACUCUAGAUUUCUUAAGAGAAAUCAUGCCGCGAAAGAUUACAGUGCGAAAAUUCAAAGAAAUAAUGGCUAAGAAGGCGGCACGGGGUGACAAUUCGGAUGAAUCAAGUGAAGAAUCAUCUAGUGAUGAGGAUAGUAGUGACGAGAGUUCGAGUAGCAACAGUCCAGACUCACAAAACAGCUAAACACAAUCCUUAGUCAUAGUGGAAAUUUUAAUAUGAACAAUAAUACCAUUGAAUCUGGCCUUGAAUGAAUUAUAUCCAAUGAUUUCAUGAGUUUAUUCUCUUUAUGUCAUUAAUUCUAACGAAAUCCCUCAUACUCCAAGUGAUUAUUUGCUUAACACUUGAUUUUACCCAAAAAAAAAAAUUCAAGGGGCGGCCUCAUUGCUAAAUGACUGAUAUUCAUAUGAGAUGAAAUACUGAUAAUGAAUAAUGAAAUAAUGUAAGCUUUGUUUUAUGUUAAGGUUAAAUAAUGACAACUGAUUAAUUAUUUCUCUUCAAAUAAAAUGGGGUCUACAAUCUUGUUCUACUGUGAAA